UCAUUCUACAAUUGAAAAAAUAGAAUUACUUAUGGGUUAUGAAUCUUCUCAAAGUAAAGAUAUAAAUAAUGAGUUUGAUGUAGUUUGUCUUUUUGCAAAAAAAAUUUGGAGUCUUACUCAUACUGCUGUUAAUAAGUAUAUAUUGUAUCAUAAUCAUGAAUUUGUUGGCUUAAUUGAAACCUAUUUAGAAAAGAUUUAUGUUAGAGAAGAUAAAUUGGCCAAGGAACAAAAAGCCACAACCGACCAAGAUUUUAUUAAAAAUGUAGAAGUGACUACACAAGAAAAAAAUAGUAAGAAACAUGAGCAAUAUACCUGUGAAUUUUGUAAGAAACUGGGCCAUAAUAUUGCAACUUGUCUACAUAAAGAGAAAGAGUAG